UCCUCCGCUGCCGCCACUUCCGGGAGCGGGGGUUUGUUUUCCUGUGUGAAGAUGGCCUCAGCAGAACCGAGCCGCGAAGGAGAACCGGGCCACGAAGCAGAACCGGGCCGGGAGCGGGACUCCUGGGCUCAGCUCGGCCCGGUGGUCCGGAGGGAGCCGGCGCUGAAGCUGCUGAAUCCGGUGAGCGGACUGGAGCCGCUGACCUGGUCGGACGACCACCGGCUCUCUGUGUCCACCACCGGCAGCGUGUCCGUGAUGGAUCUGGUGCCGGACCUGCGGAGCUCCGUACCGGACCUGGUGCUGCACCGGACCCACAUCCCGCUGCACCAGCCGCCCUGCGAGCUGCAGGUGGGUCCAGAGGACAAAGUGAAGAAAGUAAAAGAGAAGUUGGAAAAGUGUAGUGAUCCAACUAUAAGACAGCCUUUUUUGGUGGACAGAAUAAUAAACCCCCAAAGUGGGGCUCUGCAGGGCGUGAAGUACACCAGCUGGUCACCGCUCGGCUGCGACCUGAACGGUCGCUGCCUCCUGGCCUGCCUGACGCUGGACUGUCGCCUCACCAUUCACAGCAGCCACAAACGUCUGCAGUGGACACAACUGCUGGAUCUUACUGAACUGUAUGGGGAGAUGCUGAAGGCCAGGAACUACUCAGUGGAGAACAGCGAUGUUCCUCAGCCCUCCUUGGACGACCCCGAUGAGCUGCAGAGAAGGUACCGCAUGCAGAUGCCCGUACGAAUGGAGUGGUCCAGUUUGUGCAACACUCAGCAGGUCCAGAGCAAUAAUGCUUAUAAAGACAUCGGCACAGUUCUGCUGGCAGUGCUGAUGGAGAACGGGGAUCUGGUGGUGUGGCAGUUCCGUCUUCCCAUGCAGGGGAAGGGCUCAGUGGUCUCCUGCAACACUAUUAAAUCGGGUGUUUCGUCACCUAGCGUUUUGGCUUGGUGGGAGUAUGAGCACGGAGGCCGCAAGAUGAGCGGCCUGAUCGUGGGCAGCUCGGUAGGCCCGGUGAAGAUCCUUCCUGUAAAUCUGAAAGCAGUGAAAGGUUACUUCACCCUCAGGCAGCCGGUGGUGCUGUGGCAGGAGACGGACCAGAUCCCAGUGCACAACAUCAAGUGUGUUUCGCUCUUCCACCCACACCAGAAGUGUAACUGUAGCUUGGUGGUGGCAGCACGAGGCUCUUAUGUGUUCUGGUGCCUCCUGCUCAUCUCCAAAGCUGGUCUGAACGUUCACAACUCGCACGUCACCGGCCUCCACUCCAUGCCCAUCAUGUCCAUAAGCACCAGUCGGAACGGGGGCUCCAUCUUCACCUGCUCCAUGGACGGUGCGGUGAAGAAGCUCACCCCGGUCUUCACAGACAUGGCUGUUGUGUUUAAGCAGGAGGAGAUAGCCCUGCCUGAAGGGGUGGCCGGCCAGAGGAUCCAUGGCAUCUCCGUCAGCCCUAAUGGAGCGUACCUUGCACUGGUCUCUACUGAGGGCUUGAUCAAUGGCUUUCAUCCAGUGAACCGCAGCUAUCAGGUGCAGUUCGUCACACUGAAGACGCCGGACGAAGCUGCGGCCGAGCUUCUGGAGUCACAGCUGCAGAACCUCUACCGGCAGACGGACCUGCUGGACCUGGUGCGCUGGCGGGUGCUGAAGGACAGGUGCAUCCCUCCGUUUCUCCAGGACGAGCUGGACGAUAAGGUGCACACCACGGGCUCCACGUACCUUUGGCGCUUCAAGCUCUUCCUCCUCCGCAUUCUCUACCAGUCCAUGCAGAAGGCACCAACGGAGGCCCUCUGGAAACCCUCGCACCAGGACAGUAAGGUGUUUGUGGGUGAAGAGGAGGCGGGCGGAGCUCCUGCUGAGGAGGCCGAGCAGGGGGAGGUCAGUCAGGUGGCCGAGACCUCUGGCCUGGAGGAGCUCAGGGAGAAGAAGGCUAAAGGAGAGUUUAGUGAGGAGCAGGUGAAUGAGAUUACGGCGUGGAUUGAAGAGGUGGAGUCUCACCUGACGCGUGAGCACAUGAAGAGGGUGCUGGGAGAGGUGUAUCUCCACACGCUCAUCACUGAGAACACCUGCAUCCCCACCAAAGGGCUCUGCGACUUCCUCUCCAACGACCCGACCAAUGAAGAUAGAGCUGCCAAGGUUCUGAUUGGUCACAUAAUGAACAAGAUGAACAAGCAGACGUUUCCAGAGCACUGCAACCUGUGUAAAGAGAUUUUGCCCUUUACUGACCGCAAGCAGGCUGCAUGCAGUAACGGACACAUCUGGCUCAGGUGUGCGCGGUCAUUUCAGGUGUGUCAGGGCGUGUCGUAUCGUCGCUGUCUGCUGCAGGACAGCGUAGCUUCAGAGCCACGGCCUGAGGAUCCAGACUGGGUUAAGAAGAUCCUGCAGGGGCCGUGUACGUUCUGCGACUCGCCGCUGCUCUGACAGGCUGGCCUUUUCGAGGAACGAGGUCACACGACUCAAGGCUGCUAAUUCACAUGCUGUUUCUAAUGCAAUGCAAAAUAAACUGUAUACACUAUGUGUCCAAAUGUUUGUGGACACCCACUUCUAGUUAUAUAAAGGGCAUUAGUCCGGACCAAAGCAUCACAAACCAAGGUUUAUUUGCUUGUUACAUUCUGUUUGCUACAUGCAGGGUUCGUACAAUCAUUAAAAACCUGGAAAAAUAAUGGAAUAAAAAAAAAAAAAAAAAAAAAAAGCAAAAGCCAUUUCCAGGCUUGAAUAAGUUUUCUCAGAAGGUUUUGGAACAGUCAUGGAAAUUUGCUCCACAAAUAUUUGUGUUUCAGUUUAUCGAUGGAGAAAAUCUAUUUUGAUCUAACAAAUACAUAAGCUCAGUGUCUGACACACGUUUUAUUAUUAAAGAUGGUAAGUCAACAUUUUAUCCGAUUCAUUUUAGACCUACUAUAACCAGUUUUAAUUACUAAUGUUUUAAAAAUCAUAUGGUCAUGAAAAUUUGCCUUGAAGGAUUGGAAAUCCAUUAAAAAAUUAUGGAAUUUUAUUGGUUAAAAUGUGUAUGAACCCUGUACAUAAAUAAAAUAUGGGUUAAUCUACAGUUACAGUAGAUACAGGAAUCCUCAGUGUAAUCAGUGUUAUAAUGCUGGCGUUCAAUGGGCGAGUAUAGCCUGCCUCCACUUCCUGUAAUUGGUCCAAACCACCUAAAAAAAAAAAAAAAUUGAACCAGACCACACACUAUUCAGUUUUAGUUAAUUGUUACCAAGGUUCCCAGCUCCUUUCACACCUUCUGUUUUGGUUCAAACCAACGUAAAAAGUUUAAAGAUCCAAACCAAACAGGUUUGGUGUGACGGGAACCGUCAAAAAAGAUGCGCCCAGUAGUGACAUACUGUACCAGUCAAAAUAUUGGACACUCCUUAAAUUCAAUGUUUUUCAUUAUUUUUAUUUCUCCAUUGUAGAUUAAUACUAAACACAUUCAAACUAUGAAGAGAAAUCUAUGGAAUUAUUAAGUACACAAAAAAGUCUUAAACAAACCAGAAUAUGAUUUAUAUUUUAGUUAACAGCUGUGCUGAACUCGUCAAGAGUUAAUUACUUGAAUUUCUUGUCUCUUAUUGUGUUUGAGAGAAUCAGUUGUAAAGUUGUGAAGAGGUAGAGUUACAGGUAUACAGUGAACAGCUCUGUGUGAGUAAUGUUCUAAUCCAGAUUAUGAGAAGCAACAACUACUCAACUAAGUAAAGAAAAAUCAGUCAAUCCAAAACUUUCGUAAAGACCAUCAAAAACACGAUUAUGAAACUGGCUCUCAUCAGGACUGCCCCAGGAAAGGAAGAGCAAGAGUUACCUCUGUUGAACAGGGUAAGUUCAUCAGAGUUACCAGCCUCAGAAACCGUAAGAUAACAUCAGCCCAGAUAAUAUUUUGGUUUGUUUAUCAAUUUUAAGUUACAACAUGAUUCCUCAUGUGUUCCUUCACAGUCUGAAUGAUUUUAGUAUUAAUUUACAAUGUAGGGGGAAAAAAAUAAUUAAUUAAUUGUCUAACUUUUGACUGGUACUGCAGAUGUGCAAAUGCACACACAGCUUGUCUUAUCACUGUAGAUAAGUACUGCCAAAAGAAUAGGACUCUCUGAAGCCAGGUCUAAACCUCACUAUUGAAAAGAAUAUAUUUUUCUUUCUUUCUUUUCUUUUUUACCUUUUAAGCUCCAAUGUGUUCCAAUUUUUUUGCACAUAUAGUUUUUUUAUGUAUUAUUAUAUAUUUUUUUGCUUUUGUACUAAAAAAAAUCUGACCUCUUAACUGUUUCUAUAUAUUAUUAGAUUUUUCUUUCCUGUUCCUGUAGAGUGUAGAGAAGGUCAGCUCUGGUGUGCAAACAAAAGUGAGGUGAGCGCUCUCUUCCAUCCACAGAUCUCUACUUUCUGCUAUUCCUAUCUGAUGCUCAUUUUCUGUCAUCCCAGGGAUUGAUCUUGUGCUGCUAUGAUACGCUAUCUUUUUUUUAAAAUUAUUAUUAUUAUUAUUAUUAUUUGCCAUAGAUAUGCAUGCUGCCUUGGAGCCUCAUUGUGUUGUUUCCCCGAUUCUUAAUUGGCUUUGGAAACAUUUCGGUGAGCUGCAGCCUUCCCGCUUCAGAUGCGAACUUUAUAUAGGCGGGAUGAGGAGGAAGGAAAAGAUGAGAGAGAGAAGAAGGCAUGCACAAAAGAGAGAGAGAGAGAGAGAGAGAGAGGGAGAGAAAUGCAGCGAGAGAGAGAGAGAGAGAGACGAAGGUAAAAGUGUGUUUUAAGACUGAUUCAGUCCCUCCCAAGGGGCAGGCCUCUAAUGAGAUACCAGAGUAAUGAGGUGCGGAUUCCAGCCACAGAUGUGAUUCUCAUUUUAAUUAAGAGGGGGCGGUUAGAGUGCAUAUUGUUAAAUAUAGUUAACCCUCUUUUUGAGGAGCCGUGGGGAAUAUGCAUUGGCCGGGGAGUUUGAUCCCACCCUAUUCCCCCUACUCCUACAUGGGGGUCAGUGGCACAAUAUAAAAGAUAGAUCCGAGGCUCGUCGGAGCUGGGCGUUCAGCUCUGUCAUGUUCACUCUCAUCUUCUUAUCUCCAGCUUGAUCCCACAGCGCGCCGUGCUCCCUAUCUGUGGUCACUGAAGCCGAUCACUCGCCCCCAGGGCUGGAUGUGGUGGAGGGGCGGCUCAGGUCUCUGAUGAUUGGGCUGGAUAGAAAUGGUUGUGUGAUUGCAAAUAAUUAAUCCCCCUCAUCCCUUAUUCAGUCAGUAUUAGUGUGUAUUAGUUCUAAUUAUCUCAUUUUAUGUAGUAAUUGCAGUCCCAACCCAACCCAAACUCAUAAUAUUAAUGAACUAAUAAUAAAGGCGCUAAAAUGGCUUGUUUGAGUGAUUCUAUUUCUAUAGUAGAAGAACCAUUUUUGCAUUUUUGGAUCAGUAAUGAAACAUACAAACAUAUAGGUGCAUCUUAAAAAAUAAGAAUAUGAUUGAAAAUUGACCCUAUAUUAUAUAGAUUAUCUAUUGCACAAAGUGUGAUCUAUUUUAAGCAUUUAUUUCAUUAUAUUGUUUAAUUGUUGAUGAUUAUGGCUUACAGUCCAUAAAAACCCAAAUUUAAAUGUCUCAGAAAAUCAUAUUAAAUAUUAUAUAUAUAUAAGCCCAGUUGGUACUUGGUACUAAGCAGUGUAAGGCAGUGUGCCAAAUCCUGCUAGAAAAUGAAAUCUGCGUCUCCAUAAAUGUUGUCAGCAGAGGGAAAUGUAAAAACACUGCACUGACUUUGGACUUGAUAUAACACAGUGGACCAACGCCAGCAGAUGACAUGUCUCUGAAGCAGCUUGGACUGUGUGCCUCUCCACUCUUACUCCAGACUCCCUCUGCUGACAGCUUUUAUGGGGAUGCGGAUUUCAUUUUCCAGCAGGACUUGGCACACUGCCCACAAUGCCAAAUAUACCAGUUGGUCUUAUAUAAUAUUCUAAUUUUCUAAGACAUGAUUGUCAAUAAUAAAAGUAAAAAAUACAUGCUUAAAAUAGAUCACUUUGUGUGUGCUACAGCUAUAUAAUAUAGGAGUUUCACAUUUUGAACUGAAUUAGUGAAUUUAAAUAUUUUUUUAAUUGAAAUGCAUUAGUAUUUUUCUUAGUAAAAUUGGUUUGGUAGAUGUUUAUUCUCAUAUAGAGGAACACAAAGCCAGCACUCCCUAGACCAGCUGUCCACCCAAUUCUAUGGCUCUACUAAAUUGUCCACCAACAUUUUGUACAGCUAUUAAAUGAGUGAAUCUGUAUUUCUGCUUGUUUCUGAGCGCAGAGACUAAAUGUCACAGUGUGUAACUUUGAACACGAGGAUUUUUUUUUUUUCUCGCCUGCCUGCAAUUUGUGCUGUUUGUCAAACGGAGCUUGCCCUUUCGGUGGAGUGUGUGCAGUUCUGAUAGGAGGAGACUGAUUCUGUUGAAGAGGUUGGCUGUGUUUUUACGGAACCUCCUACUUCUUUAAUAUAAUGAUCUGUCAGAAAGCAUUUCUACAAUAAUUACAGCCCCCCCUCCUCCUUCCUCUUUGUGUGCACCCUCUCAACACUUCAAACGGAGGUUUCUUUUUCCUCCCCAUACAAUAUUCAUAACCUUUGUGUCCGAGGCUGAACUGCUUUAAACAGUCAUCCGGAUUAUCUCCCUUACUUUUAUUUAAGGUAAUGCUGCAGCACAUUGCAACCCAAUUUAAUAUAUAUUAUCUCCUCUCAUAACAAGAUCUUAUACACCCAAUUUGUUGAGCCAAAACAUUAUGCUAAGUGUGGAGCCUUUCAUCUAGCCAAGAAUUUUGUUCAUGCAUCUUUCUGCUUGAACCCGGCGCCACAGAGCCCGGCUUGUAUUCACUGACUGCCACUGUUUAUAAGAGUUAUAUGGGGUGGGGUUGGGUAGGGGGGCAGCUGUGAAUUUUUUUUUUUGUGUGUGUGAUUAAUUUUUCUGCUGCUUUUAUACUGUGUUUGAAUCUGUAUGAAACCUCAAGUUCUCACUGGUAUUUUUUUUUAUUUAUUUUUUACCUGUGUUAUCUUAUUUUCUGCCAUCUUAAACUGUUUAUAUAAUGUUAUAACAUGUAAAUAAAGGUUAUCACUUUUUAUAAUCUG